CUUUCCGUUCUGAGACCGCGAGGAUCUACCUUCUUCAAUAGUGCCGAGUUCGACCGUGGUCAUUAUCUCUGGGUAGCUCGAGAGGAACGAGCCGCCCGAAGAUGACGCCGAUCCUAUUUACGUGCGCUAUUCUCGUUGCGCUCUCACACGAGAUGCAGGCGAUCUCGUCGUCCUGGCGACCGAUCGUGCCGGGUCAUUCCGAUGGCGCAGGUAUAUUGCAUCAGGAAGCAUCGAUUUUCGGAAACGCGCCUACGCAGACGCUCUACGAGGACAGUCCUCAUCACCUGCUGCUGCCACAAGACCAAGAUACAUGUUCCCUCUAUAAAGUCAGCAUGAACCAGCAGCUGUACUUCGAGUACAUCCAUUACAAGGUGGACCUGCCAAACAUGAAGGAGUUCACCCUCUGCAUGUGGACGAAAUUCCAUAAUCACUCCAAUGACCAUCCCUUGUUCUCUUACGCAGUUGGCGACCAACCACGGGGGAUACUGUCGUGGGUCGCAAACACACCAAGGAGUUCAUACUACAUGCUUAACGUCAACGGUCACAAUUUAUACAGAUUGAAUUAUCCGCUGAGACUUAAUAAGUGGUACCACUCUUGCACAAGCUGGAACGGUCGCACCGGGGAAUGGCAGAUCUGGGUCAACGACGAGCGCGUAGGUCGCGGGUUCAACAACAGGCUAGUUGGGCAUAUUAUCAAAGGCGGCGGAAUCGCCAUUUCGGGACAGGAACAACGACAGUUGGGUGGCGGUUUCCUGGAAGGCGAAGGUGCGCCGUCAGGUUCCGGUGGCUAUUUAGGAGAACUGACGAUGGUACAGCUCUACAACGUUGCCCUGACCGCGGGCAAGGCGCACAAAGAUCACAAGCACCAUCACGCCCAUCAUUACGAACAUGACACCAGUAAUAACACGCCAAGAACCACCACGCUGCCGCCUGUAACCGGACCACCCUUGCCACCGCAUCCCUAUCUCACUGGAGGGCAGAUCAAUACACAAGUGAGGAUCAAUCCAGGGGCACCGAUUCAAAUCGUACAAAACGGCCUGACUAUCCGUCAUCCGGCAUUACCGCCGGUCCCGGAAUCACCCCCACAACCGCUCCCGCCCUUAAACUUCGACAUUUUUACGACACCCUUCCCCGCACUGCCGACGCAGCAACGAUUGCCCGCCGCUCCUAGACCGUCGUCGAUCUUCGCGGAUGGGCCUUAUCAUAAUCUCUUCAAAAGAGAGAAGACUGAGUCCAAGAAACGGGAUAUUAAGAACGAGACGGUGUCAAAUCUGACUGAAUCUAAGAAAUCAAUCACGAAGAGAGGUAUCGAGAAAACUUCGAAGGAAGCUAAUACUUCAGAUAGCAAGGUAUCUUUCGUGCCAAGAACGGAGGUCGCGAACAAUAAAACAUUAGGAAAACGCGACGCCGACAAGAAGAAGAGAGGACUGUUGCAAUUAGGCGACGGAUCAAUCUUCGAUGAUGGAUACUCCAUUCCUCAAGACUUGGACGACGAUUAUUUUGCGGGAUUGACGGAUUAUGGACUCCAGACGAAGGGAACAAACGAGGAGGACGAGGAGGAAAACGUACGGGAACCCGCUGAAGCCGAGGUCAGAUAUGUGAUGAACCUCUGCGACGGAUGCGCCGAUGAGCCGUUCGGGAAAGCGUUGGUCAUAGGCUGGAGAUCAGUAGCCAAGAAACUUUAUUCCGGCGCGUUAUACUUGCCAGCUGUACCGGCGUGUAAAGCAUUCUAAUCAACUGACGAGACGACGCGGCAAAUCGCGCGCAAAGACGAUAUUACGUCGUGUAAAUUUUCGCUGAAUUUAUCAAGCCACCCGGAAGGCUCCAUUCUAAAAAAUAUCGAGGUGAAUUUAACAUUAUGCAGUGUAUCUACACAAUUCUCACCGUGUUAAUAUUAACACAAAUGUAGUGAAUUACAUUUCUAGUGUUUAUAUCAACACCAUCAUGAUGGAUUUAAAACCCACAGUUGAAUUCCAUCAAAUUCACAUCAUGUUAGUGUUAAUGUUAAUAGCACACACAACACAGUAAGAAUUAUAAAGGCAUGAUGUUAAAUCUACACCGAUAUUUUUUAAAGCAUCGCGCCGAAUAACCAGGCGAACCCUCGACAUUACGGUCGACGAAAGAUCGACGAUCUCUCGAGAACAAAAUGUUCCCAGGUAUCCCACGCCAUGUUUUAGAUCGCUGAGUAUCUUUAGUUGUUACGGGCGAAGAUGUUUGUCACGCAAUCUUUCGAUUUUUUUCUCCCUGUUGUCCAUUGAGUCUUUUCUUUUCUCGUGCUUAGAUAAUGUAGCAGAAUAUUUAUUUGUAUCUUCGUAAAUAUUACAAAUAUAUUCGAAGAUGUGAGUAAUAUUGCCAUGAAAAAAAUUGCGCUUGACAAAACAUUUUGCCAAUCAUAUUUAUUUGCAAUUUCUGACCGAUUAACUGUAUGACAAUUAAGUCUGAAGCUUCCAGUACUGUGAGGGCGAGUACGAGGUCAAUUGUGACAAGAAACAAUCGCUACUCUCAUUAGCAGAAAUUAAUAAUUAAUUUAUAAAAA